AUGGGAGACAUUUGGUUUUGCGCUCUGAUUAUUAUAUUUGCAUAUUUUGCGCAAUUUGUUGCGCAUGAGCAAACGCGCGUUACAUUGGUUCCGUUAUCUGGAAACGCAUUUAAUGAUAAUUUUUCUGCCGAAGAAUUAAAGAUGGUACCACCACAAAGUGGACGAAAAGGGUUGACAACGAAAGGCUCAGGUCCAGGAAUGAAUUUGCGCGGUGAAAAGCGCUAUCAAACUCGUGAGUAUAUAUUUAUAAACUUGUUCUUUUCGGGCUGAGGUUUAUUGAAAUCGCCUCUUUUUGUGUCUGAAAAACACUUCGGGAUUUCGAUUGUUCUCUUUUCUCGUUUGAUAAUGGUCGCCUGUAUUUUCUGGAUGUAUUUCCUUCGAGACCAACUGAAAUUUUAGUCACGAAAGGACUGAUUAAAAAACACGGUAAGAGUGCAACAAUGAAACACAGGGUUUUCACCACCGUAGACCAGUUUAAUUCUUGUUGAAUAUUUUUUAGUAAAUUGUGAAACAAGUGGUCGAACUACUAUGGCAAGUCAUAGAGCGAAUUCUAGUUUUGAUACAACGGUAUGGGCGUUUGGUGCUGCCUAUCUUACUUGGAGUAAUAUGAAGUCUAUAAUUGGGUUAUUUCUUUAUGGUUACAUCUUGAAAUUUGCCCUUGAAAUAUUACGAGACUGCAGGUAAGCAAACGCUACGACUGAUUUUGAUGGUCUUUGAUGACAACUGUAACCUUGUAACUGUAAACCUUAACUGACUUCAUUUACACUUGAUAACCUUAACUAUAAUCUUAUCAUUUCUAAGCCUGUUCUUCCUUAGAGACCCAGUGAGAAUCAUUUCUUAUAUAUCUAGUGUUGUCACAGGAGAAGACCAGGGGAAACGUGUUGGGUUUGGUGGGGUCAAAUUGGAAGAAAUCCUUACAUGAAAUUACAGUUGGGCAACAGCUGCUUGCUGUAGUAAUCGAAGAGAUGGUGUCAUAUACAACCAAGUGCGCCAUGCACAAACUAUUCGUCAAGCCCAUUACAAACAGAACAAAACAGAAAUAAUGAACAACUACUCGCAUUCAUAUUUGUUAUAUUUCAUGAUCAAUUCUAUUCAAUCUGCAGAUCUAUUGAUACGAAUAUUGGGAAUGAAGAAAACCUGCACCCACUUGCCCAAUUGAAAAAAAGUUUAUCCCAUCUGAAAACCUUACUCACAAAAGAAGACAACAGCCUCAGACCUAAAGAUCCACACUCACACAAAACGACUGACAUCAUCAACUGCUCUGAUUUCGCGUCCGAAUCUAGCAUCGAAAUAUCUGAAUCGGAGGAAAGCUCUGUUCUCAUAAUACCGCACUUGUCUAGUAGUCAGACUAGCUCGAGCUCAUUAACAUCCACUGCGUCAUAUGUGCGCAAAAGCGGGAUAUUGGCAUCUACUGCGUCAUUUGUGCGCAAAAGCGGGGGAUGUUUUGGGCUGAUCUAUGAUUUUAACUGUUUCCCACUAUAUAUAUACUCAUCACCAAAUUUGAACCAAAAUUCAGACGACGCUUUUGGCGAGGUCUUUCUACAACGUCCAUCCAUGCGGAAUAGUUGGUUAAUAGCGCAGUCCAUUCCUAGCGUAUUUUAUGUGAAUCAAAAGAAAAGAUGGUAUUCAAAGGGGACAAUUAAUUACGUGAGCUCUACUAGCAGCAAGGAUCAUUGUAAGAGAUGGCAGUUAGCCGAGAGUUAUGAGCAGUGCCAUUCAAAGAGUUUGUCGUCUCUACGGAACGAAAGUCACUACGUUAGAUCGUCAAGUAUAAUAAGUGUUGCAGACUAUUUUACUCUAAAAUUAAACGGAGAAACUGCAAAGGAAAAUGAGGUUGUUAAUCAGAGGAGGUGUAGGUCAUCUGUUGAGGAUUUUAGCGUACCUGGAAAUGGUUUUCCUGCGGACGAAACGCGGUAUCUUUCAUCGCCUAAUAUAAUAUACCCAAGCUUUGACAAACCCUUGUCACAAGACGUCGAUGAGGACCUGAAUAUCAUUGAUGACGUUAGGGACGAAGGUAAAGUUGAUGAUAUCUCUUACGGAGGUAGAAUCACACACUCUGUUACAUGCACGCCUGCAACAGGCUUGCUACAAGUGUUCCAAAAAAUAGAUGACAUCAUCACUGUCUUCGUCUGUUCGUUCCCAGCUUGAUGACAAAUUGUUUGAAGAUUCAUGACUCAACAUGCACGCAACACCUAGUUGAAAAGAGGGUUUGAAAUGGAUUAACUGCAGACUACUGAUAUAUUUACCCGUGUUUUGAAUGACAACUGACGAAUAUCUUAAGUUCUUAACCUACUUAACUGCCGGGUAGCUCACAAACGAUGAAAGAGCAAUUUGAUAGCCGACAAGUGGCUUGAAUUUUAGCUGAAAAUUGACAUUCAAAGACACGUUUUGCAUUUGCAGGUGGAAGUGGAACAUGGCAACUAAAUGAUAGUUGCGACAAUCAACAGCAGCUGAACGUAACGGAAAAUGAAAGUUCAUUUCUCGACAUGGUAAGAAUCGAUUUUUGAUGAAAAUUCAUCUUUAACUUAUUUAUUUAAAAAAUUUUUGUUUUUCUCUUCACCCAGCUAAAAGACAUAUGGACUGAUAUUAAAGUCGAAAGUCAUCAUCAGAUUAUUGUGCCGCUAUUACUGCACACGGCAAAGACGUGUUUUCUUGAAUUUGGCGUGAAUUAA